UCGACGCGUGCUCUAGAGUCUUCCAAUAGAUAUUGAUGUUGGGAAUAAAUUUCAUUUCUACAUGAAAGUCUAAGCAUUGGACAUUAUUUUGGAGGAGCUUUAAAACCAAAGACACAGAUCGUUUACUUACGUCGUUCUUCUUCCCCAAAGUCACGCAAUCCACGGAAUCACUCGAAAGAAGUGGUUACAGAUCCUUCCGGGUUUUUCAUCCAUCAAACUUGGCUCCUAACUUACAGACAGAACCGACCUUUGUGAGAGGUUUGCGGCGAAAAUGGACCGGAUAUGAAAGGAAAGCUCACAGAAACAGAAAAAUUCCCAAACCGACACCAGCUGUCAAAGUUCCGGCCAGUAUUUGUUUAUUAACUUAAAGAGACGUCACAGCAGUUAAAGCGAUUCGUUUGAGCUGCUGCUCAGGUUUGAAUGCAGUAGAGCAGAGAAAACCGAUGGGAUCAGUUUUUCUGUAAUCGUCUAUCAUAACCACCAGUUGUUGAAAUCACCUCAGAGAGUUCUUCAGGUCCGCGAAGGUCGCGACGAUUUUUACAGCUCUGUUUAAAACCACAAGACACCAGAUGCCAAUGAUGGAUCACUAUCAACAAUAUGGUGUUACCACAGCAUUCGUUAGCCCUUUGUAUAUCCUCACCAUGAUUGCGGGAUCCCUCGGCAAUGGCUUGAUAAUCUAUUCUUAUGUGACCGACAACUCCAUUCGAAAAACGUUUUACUUCCUCAUCACCAACUUGGCGAUCGCCGAUCUGUUGAUUUCCCUCCUUUUUACCCCGAUGUUGUUCAUCUAUCGGGUGUACGCCAAGGCUGAGCUUAUAGCAUACACACCGGUUUGCGAAAUCAGCCUGUUUCUCUCCAUGUUCAGCAUUUCCUUGAUGUAUUUUGUUUUCCCAUUGUUGGCUUACCAUCGAAAAGAUGUCAUGUUGCGACCACAAAGUCCCAGGCUCUCUCUGGUGCAAGCACGCCUGAUGGUGUCCAUAUUCUGGAUCCUGUGCAUCUCGUCCGCUGUUUUUAUGGUCCUCAUGGCCCGAAAUGAGUUCACGAAUGGCGACCCGACACCAAAGCUUUACCGCUGCUUGCUGAUUAACCAGCGUCUGGAUACAUAUGCGCAGGUGUUCCUCGGGUACUCGGCGACCCUGUACGGCCUGUCUAUUGCCUUUACAGCCAUGAUCUACCUGCAGAUAUUUUUCACCCUGCGAACCCAUCUUGAAGGAGUGAAUGGAUCGGCGGACGAGCGACAUACAACCAAGUUGUGCUUCUGGAUAGCAAUCGUGUACACUGCUUUCUGGACUCCGUUCCUCCUCGUUCAACUUGCCGGAAUCUUUGGUACCUACACAGAGCUUUAUUUCAACCUUCACGGCUGUUCAUCUGCUAUUGGGGUCAUUGGGUCAGCGGUGAAUCCAUUGCUGUAUGCUGUCAUGAAUCCAUAUUAUAAGACCAGGAUGUGCGACUUGUUCAAGCGACUGACUUGCCGCGAAACGGCCCCGACCAUGACAGAAGAAAUCUAGAAACUAAAAAUUUUUGUUCAGCAAGUAAGGAAUGAGUUAUAAGUAUACAUUUACUAUCUUUGCCGAGACAGCUUGGUAUACAGUAGAAAAAUACAGUUUAAGCUUUUAAGUCAUUUUUAGAGGACAUGGUUGAUGCUUCAGAUGCUAAGUCAUUGUCAUAUGUAAAACAUGUAAAUUGAUGUGAUUUGAUGUGGUAGUUUUGUCGAAGGUACGUAGUAUUGGAGUAAAUAAGGUGUUUGUUGAUGACCAAAUAAACAAUGUUAACAGAGA